AUGGAAAUCAUGGAUACGCAGUGUGCCUUGGAGGCUGUGGGGAGACUACAAGCUAAACUGAAGGAGCGGGGGGAGGCUCCCACACAGGAGAAGCUCUCCCUGCUGAAGACCGUCCUGCAGAGCCCCCUGUUCCACCACAUACUCAGCUUACAGCAAGCUAAGCGGAAGCCCCUGGCCAAGGGGAAGGGCAUUUCAAAGUCUGUAUCCAUGAACUGUGGACCAUGCCCGGGUGUACCAGUGGGGUUGAAGACUCUGUGUCACAGUGACUCUUACACAUGGGCCAUGGAGAACAGAUCCGUCCACAGGGAGGGCAGCAUGUCUUCCCUGGGCUCGCAGGAUAUGUCCUUCACGGACCUCUAUCCCAACAACUGCACUCACACCGAAUCGCAGUACUGCACGCCCCCUCGGAUCUCCCGCACCAUGUCGAUGGGCAGAAACCUGGCUGCUAUCGCUCACGAGAGGCGUCAUGUGGAGAUGAUUGAGCUGACCAAUGACGGGAAGGGCCUUGGCUUUGGCAUCAUAGGAGGGCGGAGCACAGGAGUCAUGGUCAAGACCAUCCUUCCUGGAGGAGCUGCCGGCCGGGAUAAACGCCUGCGUAGUGGAGAUCAGAUCCUGCGCAUCGGAGACACAGACCUGGCGGGCAUGAACAGUGAGCAGGUGGCACAGGUGCUGCGGAAUGCUGGUACCAAGGUGAAGCUGCUCAUUGCCAGGGAUAUCACCAAGGACAACCACCUAUCCUCACCUGCCCUCAGCCAGGACAGCUUGGAUUGCACGCUCAAUGACUUGAAUGAUGAGUACGAGUUCAGUGUGCAGUUCACUAAAAACAGCCGGGGCCUGGGAUUCACCAUCUCUAGCUACAUAGGUGACCUCAAUUCAGUGUACAGUGCCGGUGUGAUGGUGAAGAGCAUAGUGAAAGGCAGCGCUAUUGAUCAAGAUGGACGCAUCCACAUUGGAGAUAUUAUACUAUCUGUAGAUGGCGUGAGCAUGCAUGGCUGCAGUGAGCAGAGGGCAAUGGAGGUGCUGAGGAGGACGGGGCCCCUGGUCCGACUGAGGCUGCUCAGGAAAUCCGUACGUCUGAGUCACAUCCUGCCACCGGUUCCUCCCCUGCAGCCGCUCCGGCACUCCCACAGCUUCCACGAGGGGAAUCCCUACAGAGUGGGCCUCAACAGGAUUCAAGAGACAGGAAUCUGCUCCCUGCGUGAGAUCUCCCGGCGAGCAGCAUACGCCAACAGACGACCCCGACAUGAUUUCAGAAACGGCGGGAAACUGAUGCCAGCUGAAGAGGAGUACCUGAGGAAGAGGUGGCAGCAUGCGGUUGGACCCCGAUAUGAAGUUAUUGUGUGUCAGCUGGAGCGUUUCAGCGAGACAAGUGGUCUGGGCAUCAGUCUGGAGGCUCGGGCAGGACAUCAUUACCUGUGCUCCGUCUUACCUGAGGGGCCCAUUGGCCAAAGCGAUAAGAUCUUCACUGGAGACCAGAUAUUGGAGGUGAAUGGGAUCCCUCUCAUUGGAGAGACACAUAAGGAGGUGGUCAAUCUUCUGAAGGAGCUGCCGAUCCAUGUAUGUCUGGUGUGCUCCCGAGUCGCCCCCCCUUCAAUUCCAGACAGUGAUGAGGAAGAUGAUGAUGAAGUCCGCCUCACCCUGAAAGAGCUGCUGGCUGAGUUCAAUGACAAGUUGGACCAGGGUUGUGUCAUCCCCUGUCCUACGGCUGAGGACAUCACCAAGCGUGGCGUACCACCCAUGUCACCUCCCUUGGCCAUGUGGGAGAGAGAGGCUCAGGUGGUCGAGCUGGAGAAAGGCGAGUCGGGCCUGGGCUUCAGUAUCCUGGACUACCAGGAUCCGGAAGAUGUCACUAAAACAGUGCUGGUCAUCCGCUCCAUGGUGCCUGGGGGUGUAGCAGAUCAAGAUGGUCGCCUGCUGCCCGGCGACCGCCUCAUGUUUGUCAAUGAUACUGACCUGGAGGGUUCCAGCCUGGAUUAUGCUGUGUAUGUCCUUAAAUCCACUGGUUAUGGCCCUGUCCGCAUCGGUGUUGCCAAACCCCUGCCGCUGGAACUGUGUGGCGGCUUGACGCCAAUCUCAGAGAGGAGCUUGCGGGCCUCCUGCGAUGACACUGAGAAUCACACUCAGCUCGGCCUGCUAGCUAGAGCGGCCGAGGCUUUCGCCAACACUUUCCACCCUGAGGACAACAGCUUCGGCCAACAGGGUUACAAAAGAACGGAAAACCAGCCACGUUAUCGCUUCGGCAUCAUGGACAACGACAGGCAGCAAGCCCCUCCUCCGCUUCCCCACACCAGCUUUGAGAAGUCAAUCACUGUUGUCCGGGGCAACCGUAGCCUUGGGAUGUCGGUGAGCGCUAUCAACGACGGCUCAGGCAUGCUGGUGCGCAGUGUGGUCCAGGGGGGCUCUGUUAGCCAGGAUGGCAGGCUGGGGGUGGGGGACGCCAUCUUGGCCCUCAACGGAGAACCGACCUCCAACCUGACAAACGCCCAGGCCAGGGCCACGCUCCGCAGACACUCUGUCAUAGGGCCAGAAAUGAGUGUCAGGUACGUCCCAGCCCAUCAGGUGGACAAACACCGUAUCCGUCUGUGUUUGCCCCCCCUGGCGUCCAUCGAGGCCGACAGCACCUCCUCCCCUCCAACCCCCCCGACCCCCUCUCCAGAACCUGCAUUGGCCCCGGCUAGAUCCCUCAGUCCAGUCAAAGCUCCAGCUCCAACUCCUGCUUCAUCCACCCUUACACCCUCCGCCUCGGCCAAAUUUAAAACUGCUGCUCCAGAUCCAGCCUCAGUCAGAGUCUCGUUUAAAGCUUCGUUCAAGGGCCCGGCCGUAGUUCCCACCAUCAGCCCGGCCCCAGACUCAAGUUGGCAGCCUCCUAAGUCUCUACCUCAAGAGACUAAAGGAGAAGGAAAGGACAAGAUUAGUGCAGAUGGGAAAGUACCGACGCUGGAGGUGGAGAUAAAGGUGGAUGGUAACGAGGAGGGCGAUGCGGAGUUCCCUCCUUGUACCACCUUGGUGUCCUGGGAUUACCCUAGGAGUGUUCAGCUGACGCGAGCACCAGGCCAAUCCCUGGGUAUCAGCAUAAUGGGAGGCAGAGGCAUGGGCCGCAGACUGAGCAGUGGAGAGAUGAUGAGGGGAGUCUUCAUCAAGCACAUCAGCCCCAACAGCCCGGCAGCAGAUAAUGGCACCCUCCGGACUGGAGACAGGAUACUGGAAGUGUGUGGUGUGGACCUAAGAGACGCCAGCCAUGAGCAGGCAGUGGAGGCCAUCCGCAGGGCUGGAGACACUGUGGUCUUUCUGGUCCAGUCUGGACAACACAGAUCUCAGUCUCCGAUACUCACCAACCAUGAAAGACCAACUCCAACAUCCCAACCCAAUUCACACGGCACCAAGGAAGCAGAGUCCUGCCGUGGUUUGUUCCUUAGUCUCUCCCCUUCAAACCCCUUCAUCCCCACCCCCUUUAAGGUACCUUCGCCAGCCACCGAGAGAAAGGAUCGAAGGAGCACCGGGACUGUCGCAGCAGCAGCAGCCGGAGACGAGGGCGACAGGGGCAGGAAAAAGAUGCUGCAGCGCUACGGCAGCCUGUCAGGGAAGCUGCACAUGAUCGAGCUGGAGAAGGACCCCGCGGCUCAGGGCCUGGGAAUCAGUCUCACGGGGAACAAGGACGGCUCCAGGGCCCGCAUGAGCGUCUUUGUGGCAGAUGUAGACCCUCAAGGUCCCGCCGGCUUAGACGGAAGGAUACGGGUUGGAGACGAGCUACUGGAGAUCAAUGGUCAGAUCUUGUACGGUCGCAGUCACCAGAAUGCCUCCACCCUCAUCAACAGCGCUCCGUCUAAAGUCAAGAUCAUCCUCAUCAGGAAUAAAGCUCAGAGUCAAAAGGCCCAGGAAUCCAGAUCAGAGUGUGAGGACACGGUCGACUCCCAGAUUGACUCUGCAGAGCGUGGAGCGUUGUCCAGUGACAUCCAGCAGGUCAUCCUACCUCAGGAUCAUGCAGGUCUUGGCCUCUGCCUGGCAGAAGGUGAUUCUAAGGAUGGACUGGUGGUCAGGUCUCUGGUCCAGCACGGCACAGCCAGUAAGGACGGCAGGAUAAUGACUGGAGACACAAUCAUAGCAGUGGGUGAUGAACAUGUAGCUGGACUGUCGGUGGAGAAGGUGUCCAGUUUGAUUCUCAAACAUCGGGUCACUGUCAAGCUCUCCAUCAGACGCUCCAGCAGUCUCUCCCCCUCCUCCUCCACUCUCGCUCACCCCUCACCCCUCUCCCAUCCCUGCUCCACCUCUCCCGUGCCGUCCCAAACCCUCCCUGUUUCCUCCUCCUCCUCUCCGUCCCUCAAUACCAGACACACCUCUGCCACAGGACGGUCUGAUGGGCUGGGAUCUGCGCCCACGACCUCUGACCCUGUGAGCUGCCCGGUCGUAGCGGGCAGGGAAAGCACGAUAGAGAUCUGCAAAGGGAGCGUGGGCCUGGGCCUCAGCAUUGUUGGAGGAUGUGACACUCUGCUGGGGGCAGUAGUAAUCCAUGAAGUGAAUGAUGGAGGAGCAGCACAGAGAGAUGGACGGCUGCAGGCUGGAGACCAGAUAUUAGAGGUAAACGGCAUAGACCUGCGGCAGGCGACUCACGACGAAGCUCUUGGCGUGCUGCGGCUCACCACCCAACGGGUCUGCCUGCGCGUCUUCAGGCACCAGGAGGCGUACAGGGAGGAGGACCUGUGGGACGUCUUCAGCAUGGAGCUCAGGCCGCGUCCUGGAGAGGGGCUCGGGUUCACCACAGUGGGGAAAAGUAAUGACACGGGCAUCUUUGUAUCAGAUAUCAUCAGAGGAGGCGUAGCAGAUUCAGAUGGCAGUUUGUUGCUAGGUGACCAGAUCCUGUCAAUCAACGAGGAGGAUGUGCGCGCAGCGUCACAGGAACACGCACAGAAGCUGCUGCAGAGUUACAGUGGAGUGGUUCAUCUGGAGGUGGCUCGUUUUAAAGCGGGGGUGCAGUACUCACAGCGGAGCCAGAGUGAAGACUCCGACUGCUCCACCCUGACGCCCUCGAGUGGAUGUGAUGCUUCUGUCGGCCACCAGAGGGAGUCGAAUAACAAAGCAGGGAGCUGUACAUUUCAAGACUUCCCUGACGUCAGAAAAGUAAUAAUACAAAAGGAUCCAUGUGACUCCCUGGGCAUCAGUGUUGCAGGAGGAGUGGGCAGUCCCCAUGGCAACGUACCUCUUUUUAUUGCUACCAUGGAUACCAAUGGACUGGCUGCCAAAACACAGCUAUUACAGACAGGAGACAAGCUGCUCAGUGUCAAUGACGUUUCCACGGAGGGAAUGACCCACGUCCAGGCCGGAGCUCUGCUGAAGAACGCCACUGGAACCAUCAGCCUGCAGGUGGCAGAAGGUUCAGGUGUGUGCAGCACAAAGGACAACAGUGAUGUCCGUGCGCAGUCGUCAGGCCAACCAAGCAGCCUGCCCUGCUCCCACAACAACCUCUGCGCCCGCAUGUAUAAGACCAUCACCCUGGAGAGAGGCUCCUCGGGCCUGGGCUUCAGCAUCGUGGGAGGGUUCGGCAGUCCCCACGGAGACCUGCCCAUCUACAUCAAAACCGUCUUCAACAAGGGGGCGGCCAUAGCUGACGGCCGGCUGAAACCCGGAGAUCAGAUCAUCGCCGUGAACGGACACUGCCUGGAGGGGGUGACUCACGCUGAAGCUGUGGACAUCCUCAAGAAGACCAAGGGAAGCGUAGUGCUCACUGUCCUCUCCUGA